GCACAGGCCCCCGCCCCGCCUCGUCGAUGCCCAGGCAGCAUGGCAGCUCGCGGCACAACGCAGGCACCACCGAGCCCACCGGACCCCCUCGGCCGCCGCCGGCCUCCAUGCUGGGCUGCCCCCACGCCUCGCGCAAAGGCUGCCGGGAAUCGCAGUUCCGGCGGGGUGGAGCAGGCCACGCGCGGGAGGCGCAGAGGGGGCUAGUGGGUAGAGUGGGGGGAGCCGGACGCCUGCGUUGUCUGGAAGGAGACAUGGCCUCUGGAAAAGCCCGCAUUGGGCAGCCGGCCCCUCACUUCCAGGGCACAGCUGUGGUAGAUGGUGUCUUCAAGGAGAUCUCCCUGGACGACUAUAAAGGGAAGUACCUGGUGCUGUUCUUCUACCCUCUGGACUUCACCUUCGUCUGCCCCACGGAGCUUGUGGCCUUUUCAGACCGGGCUGGCGCCUUCCGGCAGCUGCAGUGCGAGCUCCUGGCUGUCUCUGUGGAUUCCCAUUUCUCCCACCUGGCCUGGACACAGCUGUCACGAAGGGAAGGGGGCCUGGGGACCAUGGCCAUCCCGCUGCUGUCGGACUUGACCCGCACCAUCGCCUGUGACUAUGGUGUCUUCAAGGAGGAUGAGGGUAUCGCUUACAGGGGCCUGUUCAUCAUCGAUGCAGAGGGGCGGCUGCGGCAAGUGACCAUCAAUGACCUGCCAGUGGGGCGCUCAGUGGAUGAGACCAUGCGCCUGGUGCAGGCCUUCCAGCAUGCUGACCAGCAUGGUGAAGUGUGCCCUGCAGACUGGCAGCCAGGUGGUGACACCAUCAAGCCCACAGUGAAGGAGAGCAAGGAGUACUUUGCCAAGCAGCCCUGAGUCAGCUGGCCAAGGGGAUGGGCCUGAACCUGGCCAUGCCUCUUUCUCCCUGGGGGGGAGCUUCUUGAGGGGGCAGGGCUUGAAGCUGCCCCCCCCCCCACCUGCACAGUUGGAAGCUAAUGAUGAGAAUAAAGUGAGUGUUUCAUGGCAAAA